AAAGCAGAUGGCGCGCAAAGAUCAUCAUCAUCUGCUGCUGCUGUCUGCGGUGACUGACAUCAUCUCGUGUUUGUCCGAUCAGCUGAGAGAUGCAGAAGGGUCGUCUGAUCGAUGUUAUAAAGUGGCGCACCAACAAGGUUGAUCAUCGUAGUGUGCCUCAAAUUCUUGUGUCGCUUGGUGAACAUCUUCUUGUGUGCUUUGAUUGUGCGUAAAAUGGGUAGAGCUGUUACAUGGAUUGUUUGGAUCACAGUAGGCAGUGAAUUUCUUGCUUCCGUUGUCGCAAACAAUGGAUUUGGUCGUGGGAAACAACACUGGGGCUACAGUGAGGUACGUCCGCGGGCGUACAUCUUCUGGUGGCUACAUCAGGCGCAUACUCAACGACCCGAGACAAGACCGCUCAUCAUAUGGCUGCAGGGUGGCCCGGGAGCAUCAUCAAGCGGCUACGGGAACUUUGAAGAAAUUGGACCACUCGAUCGAACGCUCAAGCCACGUGAAAAUUCCUGGGUGAAAGAUUACAACGUCCUCUUUGUCGACAGUCCCGUAGGCAGCGGGUUUAGUUACGUCGAGGAUCGCUCCCUGUUGGCACGUAACACCACCACGGUGGUGAGUGAUUUGGUCGCUUUUCUGAAACACUUCUAUCACACCAUGAGCGCCAUUACGAUGGCCGAUUGGGAGGGAAGCGUUCCACUGUACAUCGCUUCGGAAAGCUACGGCGGCCGGAUUGCGGUUGAGUUUGCGUACGCAUUGGCGCAUGCGGUGCAAGGUGGCACGAUACGCUGCAAGCUGCGAGGGCUUUUCCUGGGCAGUGCGUGGCUCUCGCCCGUGGAUAGUAUUGCCGCGUGGCCACAAUAUUUAGCCGGCCUGGGAUUUGUGGAUGAAGGUGGUCGUGAGCGUAUCGAGCGGAAGGUAGCUGCUGUGCGCGAUACAGUGAGACAGUCUGAGCGACCUGGGCUGUCGAUGGAAGGGUGGCACGGAUUGCAGCAGACCAUCGUGCAGGAGACGGGCGGAAUCAACUGCUACAAUGUGCUAAAGCCAAGCAGGAAGGAGAUUCAGCCGCAGGAUGUUGAAAGUGAUGAAGUUCUAGUAUACGGUGAAACGCUCUGGUGGUACAGUGACACCGGUCCACCGCCCCCCGAAUCGCACACCAGCAGCAGCCCGCUGGAGCAGCUCAUGCGUGGUCCCGUGUCGCACACGCUCGGCAUCGCAGCGACGAAACGACCGCCCUGGGGCACCCAACGGACAGCCGUUUUCGAUGCCCUCGGCGACGAUUUUCUGCAAUCGAGCGUCGGCACCGUGCAGCGGCUGCUGAACGAAACCGACCUCGAGCUGGUAGUGUACAGCGGUCAGCUCGACCUUAUCGCCUGCCUGCCGGGGACACGCGGCUGGAUGGAUCGAUUGUUCGCACACUCGCCGGCCCGCGAGCCUUUCACGACCGAGCCGAGCGGCAUCAUCGAGGGGUACCGGUCGCGGUACUCGGAUCGCUUCACGCACUACACGGUUCUGCGGGCCGGGCACAUGGUACCGGCCGACAAUCCUUCCGCCAUGCUACACAUUCUGCACCGUCACGUUGUGGCGGACCGGUAGAGUAAAGCGCGUUAAAUUUGCGUUUCGGAACGAUGCAGUAAAAUGCAAGCAGGAUUCCAAAGGUGUGUGGCGCGCCACCAAAGCGUGAA